UAAAGCAGCGUUCGAGUCGAUCAUCACGCAAUAAAACUGUGUUCCGUUGUGAAGAAAGCAUCCAUAUUUACAUAUACAUUCGAGAGACUCUUUGGCGCGGCAUAAAAACAAAGAUUGGAAAAGGUUAAACGAGCAUCGAGUCGCGUAGAGUGUUCGAUUGAAUUCGAGUACGAAUUACAAUCGGGAAUUGUGUCGAGAAUUGUAUCAGGAAAUGGAGAAUAGCGGUGAAAGCGGAGACGAUGGUCCCUUAGGAUCAUCGUCGUUCCUCGGAGGAAAUACCGUGGCGACGUCUUAUAUUGGCGUACAAUCGGAUAUGGAAGAUGACCCUGAGAACACGGAUGAUUCCAAUCAUGGUGGCGGAGAUCCUUUGCAAAGUCCUGGAGUUUCUGCUGCUGGACCGCUUCGCGAGCAGGAUCGCUUCUUACCAAUAGCAAACGUCGCGAAAAUCAUGAAAAGAGCUAUUCCAGAGUCGGGAAAGAUAGCUAAAGACGCGCGCGAAUGUGUUCAAGAGUGCGUGUCAGAGUUCAUCUCAUUUAUCACGUCAGAAGCGAGUGACAGGUGUCACAUGGAGAAGCGUAAAACUAUAAAUGGUGAAGACAUUCUUUUUGCGAUGACUACUCUUGGUUUUGAUAAUUAUGUCGAGCCCUUGAAAAUGUAUCUGCAAAAAUAUCGCGAGGCAACAAAAGGUGAUAAUCCACCCAAUACUGGAGCUACAGCCGGCAAUGGAAAAACGGAGCCACAAGGCAUGUAUGAAGAUCAAUUAUUUGCCAUUACUGCGACUGCGUCCAGCGUAACCACCGCUGACACCUCGGUCAUCUAUAGUUACUCGGCUAAUGAGCAGAUGCAGUUUCAACUUUCCUGAUCAUUGGGAAUUAAAGUGAUAUCGAUAUAAUGUAUUUGUUCUAAGACACACUGUGAUUUGUGAACAGAUCAUAAGGACGAUUGCGCACAGAUUACAAUUGCGUGAAAAGGAGAGAAACGGUUUUUUGCCUAGCGAUAUGUGGGCAGCAAAGUAUUUUAAGUUUUAACGUUUAAGCAUGAUCAUUGUAAGAUUCGGGUCGAGAGACAAGGUGUCGCGAGUUAUGAUAAUUUUAACAUUUGUAAAGAGAAGCAACUUGUAAGUGUGAGCGUAAAUAAAACCAGGAGACUGAGAGACCCGGUCGAACGGUGA